CAUUUUGAAAAAAAACCUCAGCAUGCGACUGCCUCCGCCUGAAUGCGGUGUUGAAAAUCCCAAAUUCCCGACUCCCAAAAACACAAGUAAAGAAUUUGUGAUUUGAAUAGGCAUUGGCAUUUGGCACUCAGUCCUCAUCCGCUUUUCCACAAGAGAGAAAGUAAGCAACAAUGUCUGCUCCGGCGAAUCUCGAGGACAUGCCAUCGGUGGAUCUCAUGACGGAGCUCCUCCGCCGUCUCAAAUGCCAAACCAAGCCUGACAAACGUCUCAUUUUAGUUGGUCCACCAGGUUCUGGAAAAGGUACUCAAUCACCAAUUGUGAAGGAUGAGUAUUGUUUAUGCCAUCUGGCUACUGGGGAUAUGUUGAGAGCUGCUGUCACUGCAAAGACUCCCCUUGGAAUCAAGGCGAAAGAGGCCAUGGAAAAGGGAGAACUUGUUUCUGAUGAUUUGGUUAUUGGGAUAAUAGAUGAUGCACUAAAGAAACCUUCCUGUCAGAAAGGUUUUAUUCUUGAUGGAUUCCCAAGGACAGUUGUCCAAGCAAAAAAGCUUGAUGAGAUGCUUGCCAGACGUGGAGUUAAGGUUGACAAGGUUUUGAACUUUGCAAUCGAUGAUGCUAUCUUGGAGGAGAGAAUUACUGGUCGCUGGAUCCACCCUUCCAGUGGCCGUUCCUACCACACCAAAUUUGCACCUCCCAAAGUUCCUGGUGUAGAUGAUGUAACUGGAGAGUCAUUGAUUCAACGUAAGGAUGAUACUGCAGCUGUUCUAAAGUCAAGGCUUGAAGCUUUCCACAAGCAAACUAAACCAGUCAUUGAUUACUAUAGCAAAUUGGGCGUGGUUGCAAACCUCCAUGCGGAGAAAACUCCUCAAGAGGUGACGGUAGAGGUCAAGAAGGCACUCUCCUGAUUAAAAGCAAGGGAUUUUGUUUGUCAACUAAUCAAUAAACUGUAAACACAUUGUUAUCCUGAUACAUUUUUUGACAUCAUAUUGAGAGGCUCUAGGAUCAUAUCCUUUUUUGCUGAGUUGUCACAAUUUAACUGUGUCUCAAUCUUUUGCUAUAACAUACCAGGUUUUGGAAGGUAGACCAUUUAUUUGUAACUGAAAUGUAUUUGCUAUUCUAGAACUACAGAAAUUUAUCUCA